AUGCAAAUAAAAUUAACGACAGUCCUGACAAUUUGUCUGUUGCCAUUUCUGGAUGCCGAAAUCCACUAUUUCAAAUCGGCCUCUGGUACUAUCACCGCUGGAAAUUUCACCUAUUAUAGACUGAUAACGGAAGGUGCCAUUCAAGUGAUCCUUCAUACGAAUGCAUACAUUGAUGAUUUUAGGAAGGGGGAUGCUGAUUUGUACAUUUCUGAACGAGUUGAAACGCCAACGUACGAAAUCGACAGUUACUGCCUUCACUCUGCUACUUGCGGUGUAGAUGUCAUCGAUAUUCCGUCAAGCUUUGCUCGACCAGUAGGAAUUGGGGUUUACGGCCAUCCAUCACAUGAUGAAAGUGAUUUCAUUCUUGAAGUAAAGCUUACAGAAGAUCAAUAUGAACACUCAUCACCUGCAAAUGAAAGAGAUGAAAGCCAAAAAGAACACAUAUUAGAAGAGGUAAAUUUAUUUCUUCUUAAAUCUUGA